GGUUGGAUUUAAAACUAUUACUUACUGCAACUGUAAUUGUACUAUGUAUUGCAUACACGAUUUAUACUACAGGAUUACAGAAAGACAAGAACAAUAAGAAAGAUUUCCUAAUGGAUUUAAACUCUUAUAUUUCGGAAAUCCGCGAUUCACCACGUUAUCAUGAUAUAUCAACAGCUGAAGAACAGUCCUCUACUGUACAUGUAGCUUCCAAUGUACCUCAUGUACAUGCCAACCUACAUCCUGAUAACCUAACCCUCAUUGAUAUUAAAAACUUUAAACUAAAUAUCAACCAGGAUAUUUGUAAUGUGUCAGAAAUAGGACUGGUAACAAUUAUACACUCAGCAGUGGAAAACAUUGAAGCCAGAAGAAUUAUCAGGAAUCUAUCAAAACACAUUGGAAGUCACAAACUAAAUCACCAAUGA